UGAAAAAACUCUUGAAACUAUCACACUUUUGGAAUUUUAUGCUCUCUAUCUUUAGCAACACAAGUGUUUUUCUGUCUAUUUUCACUGUCCUUCAUUUCCAUUUUCACUCUUAACUGUUAAACUUUUAAGCUUUCAUCCAUUUUCGUAUCAGAUUCUGUUUCAAAUGGGGGGAAGAGGAGGAGCAUGCAGAGCUUGGGAGGAAGACAUUUACUGGAACCAUUUUCAAUUCAUCUGUUUCACUCAAUUUCUCCGCUCUGAUUUUGAUCAACAACUUGCACUUCCCAAAACAUUUUCUGACAAUAUAAAGAACUUGCCUGAAAGCGUGACGCUAAAAGGUCCUGGUGGAGUGCUGUGGAAUAUAGAGCUGACAACUAGAGACAAUACCUUGUACUUCGCACACGGUUGGCAACAGUUCGUGAAAGAACACUCUUUGAAAGAAAAUGAUUUCCUUGUCUUUAAGUACAACGGUGGAUCGUUGUUUGAGGUUUUAAUCUUUGAUGGCGAGAGUUUAUGUGAGAAGGCGGCUUGUUAUUUUGUUCGAAAAUGUCAGCAUGCUGCCAAUACUGAACAAGGGGUUGGAUGUUCUAGCAAGAAAAGGGACUCAGAUAAUUCUGUUGAAGAAGUUAAAACUCCUAAUGGUGUUGAUGAAGGUGUUUCGCCUGUGCAAUCUUUUCAUCUUAACAGUAACCGAGUGCCACUUGCUGUACCUAUCGAAACUACUAAUGGCAAGACUCCUGCUGUACCUAUCGAAACUACUAAUGGCCAGACUCCUGCUGUACCUAUCGAAACUACUAAUGGCAAGACUCCUGCUGUACCUAUCGAAACUACUAAUGGCAAGACUCCUGCUGAACCUAUCGAAACUACUAAUGGCAAGACUCCUGCUGAACCUAUCGAAACUACUAAUGGCAAGACUCCUGCUGAACCUAUCGAAACUACUAAUGGCAAGACUUCUAAUGCUGGUGUUGAAACUGCUUCUGCCGAGCAAUUCAUGUCUGAUGCAGUCACUGAUACUGAGCCAAAAGAGCCAAAAACUGUUCCCUCCCAAACAACUGGUAAACGGACGAGGAGGAGGCCUGUUUAUGCCGAUAUGUCUGUCCCGAGUAAGAAGAGAGGAAGACCACCAAAAACCGCUAAUUCUCAUGAGGGGCCACCAAAAACCGCUAACUCUCACGAGGGAGCUCUAAAUUCUGUGUCUGGUGCUGAACUUAUCCCCAAGGUUUCUCCAAAGGCCUCUCCCAAGGUUGGAUUGGGGACCAAGGAACUAUAUACUUCAAAUAGAAGGCCUGUAACAAAAAAUGAGAUUGAAAAUACUCUUCAGUUGGCCAAGGCAACAUGUGCCGAAGACACCUUGCUUGUAACUAUGCGGCCUACGCAUGUAUACAAGAGAUUCUUCGUGUCAUUCCAUAAUAAGUGGAUAAUAAACCAUCUUUCUCCGUCAUCUCAAGAUGUGAUAUUACGGAUUGGUAAGAGUGAAUGGCUUGGGAAAUACUUGUAUCAUAAAUCUCGUAACAAUGGAGGACUUGCUGGUGGGUGGAAAUACUUUGCGCUUGAAAAUAACCUUGAAGAGUUUGAUGUGUGUGUGUUUAAGCCCGCAGGUUAUAUGGACAAAACGUUGAUCUUAGACGUGACCAUUUUUAGAGUUGUUGAGGAGGUUACUCCUCUUACUGCGGUGAAUUCUCCGGGAAAGAAUAUGUCAAUUAAGAAAACACCAACCAGGGUGAAUUCUCUGGGAAAGAAGAGGUCGAUUAAGAAAACAACAACUGGGGUGAAUUCUUCGCGAAAGAGAAGGUCAAUUAAGAAAACACCAACCGAGGUGAAUUCUCCGGGAAAGAAGAGUAAGAAAACACCAACUGGGGUGAAUUCUCCGGGAAAGAAGAGGUCAAUUAAGAACACACCAACCGGUGCUGUCCAAACAGAACUCGAGUCCUCUGAACCACUAGUAAAGAAGAGGGGAGUUAACAUAACACUGACCAGUGCUGUCCAAACAGAACUUGACUCCAUCGAAGGUGUGUAAUUGUAUCGUCCGAAGAAAGUUUCAUCGUUAGAAUUAUGUAAUAGUAUAUGUUAAACCUUUGUGUUAUGGCGUGUAAUAUGAAUGUGUUUGUAUUGUGUAUGUUAUGUUGGAUUGUUUAACUUGUUCAAUCUUCUGCUUCUACCUAGGUAAUUCACAUAUGUAAACUUUGGUUUGCUAGACUUUUUAAGGCUCAAGUUUGUAUUGAUCUAUCUACCUUCAUGGAUUGGUCUAUAGUUCAAGGUAUUGCUAGUGUAUAUUGUCCCUUUA